AUGUCUCAACCAACGGCACCUGAAAGAACCCCAGUCCCUAAACCUCAUUACUGGAAGUCAAGUGCUCUUUUGCUCGACGACACAGUAAUCUUCGGCGGCAAAGGGCUAGGCUUUGAGACUCCUUUCGACAUUACUAUCCAUGUCCACAAUGAGACUCACAAGACUGCUUGGUUUGGAUUCAGUUUGAGUGUUCCCUUGGGACCCAAUCUUGAGGAAGAUGGCUUUGGCAUGUGCCAUACACUUUCCAGACAUAGCGGCCGACUCCACGUUGCCCCAGCUGAGACGUACGAUAUUCAAGUUCUAUUUCCCAGCAACGCCUAUUCCUUCACCGAGGACCUCCCUCCAUCGCUGCUUGCCGCCAUCCCCGACUCCGACAAGUUGUGCCGACUCAACGUUUACCUGAAGCCGGGUACCUACAGUACUAUCAAAAGGUUCGGAAUGCCGUUUUCGCACCCAGGCACGGAGAUCGAGGCAGUCAUCAACGACAAUGAGCCAAUGUGCGCUGGUAGGACCCUGGUGGAUAUUCUUCAACAGCGUGAAUUCUCGUUUGUUGUCGCUGCCUCAUCCAAUGCGGUAGACGCUCAUUGGCUCCAAGAUCUACCGCCACCGUUCCGUUACCCGUAUGGCGAAGAGCACUCCUGGUCUUAUGAGCGAUACGAUGAGCUCAUCAAAUGGAACAAGGGUCCCCAAUUUGUGCCUGCUUGGAGCUUUGACAAUGAAAAUGAGCAUCUUGCUGCGCUCACACAGUCUGAGAUACAGGACGUCAUGUGGGUUCACCAAGCGUCCAAGGAAAUCCGCCAAGAGUUUCUGCGAGCCUACUUCAUUGCCCCCGGUGAUGCAGACCCGCAAGAUUGCAGAGAGCUCUUUGCUAUUGUUUCUCUUGGGACACAGUUCAUUGAGCAAUAUCGUCAGCCUUGGUCCCGUCUUGUCAGCUCAGGGCACCUGAAGCUUCGGCUUUUCGAUCAUGAAGGUGACCAGACUCCCGCGGAAUGGAGCGCACGCAUUGCCGAGGGUUUCGAUAUGGCCAGGCAUUCAGUGCACAAUGGAGACUUUGUUCUUCAGGUCCAGAGACCCAGCUCGGCAGAUAUCGACCACCGCCCCGACUUCGUUGUCAAGGCUUUCAGAGAUCGCAGGAGUGCUGACAGUGCGCUUCGACGGGACAAGGACAGCUGGACCUGCGUCUCUCUGCAAUUCGAUGACGACUUGUUCAGGGACCAGAUCCGUAAGGUCAAGGCAGUCAAUUGGUUUAACUCCGAGGCAAAGCCGUUUAAUGCGCCUGAAGAAGUGGACGGUGAAGUGGCUUCGCCGCCAGUUUCUGAGGACCUCCAGCUCAAGAUGGCGCUUCAUCGCGCCCUUGUGCACGGCAAUGGCUUCUGGAACGUCCUCGUCCAAAGGCUGGAUGAUGAAGAGGUCGAACGACUCGCCGAUGCCAUGGCAAAGGCACGUCUGACCGACAACGCCGACAAUGGCGGAUUCCAGGCAGAGUCGACGCCUCGCCGGAGCCUUCCUGCCGUCAAUCUCAUCGAUCUUCCCCAGAGGCAUAUCGAUGCCCUGCUGGCAGAUGUCUUGCUCGAUGACCGUCUGCGCCUCUACAACUAUUUGGUCAAGAGCCAUCUCGGCCUCGUUCUUGUAGCAGCGCCACCUGGUUUCGGCAAAACGAGCCUUUUAUCCACCAUAACGCUCUCCAUGGCAGCAAAUCUCCGCAAGAUCUUUGCCGCAGCACCAACCAACGUUGCGACCGACAACUUUGCCGAGCGGCUACACGUUACAACGGAGAUUGUUGUCAUGCGUCUGAACCAGGGCAAGGAAUGGAGAGACAAGACGAGAGACCGGCGCACCUUCAUCAUGCGCGGGUAUAAGCCCGAGGAUGAAUAUCAAGCAUUCAUCAACCUCUUGCGAGAUCCAAAGCUUGGUGACAAGGCGGCGCCCAACGAUUGGAUCAGUGAAUCUCAUUGGAAGCUGCAUCUCUCUCCCUCUUUCUGGCUUCUCAUGGCCCUAGGGUCCGAAGCUGUCCGCAAGCUCCAUGAUGACGACCACUCGAGCAUCCACGAAUUGCAGCGCAUACUUUACUCGAUGCCAGACUGCGAGCGCCUUCGUAAAGUGGCCAGAGGAGACAUGACCUGGGAAGAGUACCAAAGCGGCCCAAUGGCGGACAGAGAGGAGAUCGAGAGCAUGUUCUAUACUCUCUUGCAGGCAGUUGACAUCUUGUGCACGACGCCGUCGCUAUCAUGCCAGGGUGACUUCAAGGCCUGGAAAGAAAAGGCCAAUGGCAUCGCCGUAGACGAGGCAGGCAAUAUCAGCCGCCCAGACCUCUACUGUGUAUGGGGCAACACGCUUUUGCCAUGCGCCAUGGGCGGUGACGAUAGGCAGUUUGCUCCGGCAAAAAUGACUCGAGAGAAUGAGACGGAUGACGAUGAAAACCAUCUCAACCGGUUCGGCGGGGAUGCAAGAAUCUCUGCGCUUGAGUUCUUCAGAGGGUCCGGCUGGCCUACCUUCCGUCUACGAGUCCAGCUACGAAUGGCCAGGGGUCUCUUCGACAUUUGCCACCAGCAUGUCUACAGAGACCUUCCUUUUAGCUACGGCGCUGGGAGCGUGCUUGGGAACCAUCCUGUUGGUCAGGCCCUGGAAGAGUAUCUCUUGACGAGAUUUCCGGAAUUGUACCGGUCGCCUUCCGACACCCUUAGCGCUUGUUUUUUCCAUUGUCCAGGCUCGACCUGCGUUGUAGAUGAUGUGAGCAAGUCAAAGAGGAACCCAGACCAGGUAGAGCACGCUCUGGAGUUUCUCAGCGACUUGGUCACGAAUUCGGCAAAACGAAUCCGCGCCUCCAACAUCGCCAUCAUCAGCCCUUACACGGCUAAUGUCAAAUAUGUUGAGCUUCGUCGCAAGGCGUACCCGGCACUUUCCGCCAUGGCGCCAGCCGCCACUGUCGACUCUUUCCAGGGUCGUGAAGCCGACAUCAUCGUGGUCAUCAUGGGCACCACGCAGACUGUCGGCCCAGGUUUCACGACGGAUAAGCGACGGCUCAAUGUGAUGCUCAGUCGUCAAAGAAGCGGUCUCCUCAUCUUCGGGGACAUCAACGUCUUGGGACCGAUGAAAGACAUGGGCAAGGGCAAGGGCAAGAGCUUGGUGAGAGUGAACGAGGAUGGAAACAAGCAGUUUAUGCGAAAAGGCAUGCUCUACCACGUGCUACGAAAAUUGCAUGAUCAAGGUCGCGUGGUGACAUUGCCGUGCAGGGGCUGGUAG